AGGGCCCUCGUCGACUCGAGCGCUCGCGUACUCUGGCAGCCGCGAACAUGUCCGCAAGUGAAAGGUCACUCAAGAUAACAGUGCUGGGAGCAAACGGUCUCACGAAACGGGACGUGUUCAAACUCCCAGACCCAUCCGCAAUAGUCAGCGUAGACAACGGAUCGCAGAACUUUGAGACCAGUGUUAUCAGGAAGAAGCUCAACCCAUACUGGAACGAAAGCUUUCGUCUGAACGUAACGGAAUCAUCCGCUGUGACGAUACAGGUUGUUGACCAGCGUAAACCACAUAGACGGGAUAGGUCAUUGGGGUCUGUCACAUUCCGAGUAGGGGAGGUAUUUGACUUGGAGCAAGGAAACCACAAGGUCAUCACGCUCGACCUCAAACAAACGAACGAACCGUACGCAAUCUACGGCAACAUCAUGUUUGCGAUGACAUCGGAAAGCCACCCGUCUUCUUCGUCUGCUACGGCUGGACAGUCGCUGAGGCCCGAUAUACGGGAAGAACCACGUUCUCGAGCCGGCACGCCGACGCAUCCGUUAGCGGCACAUUCGCAUCUGGGUGACCCUGCCUCGUCCUCGAGACGCCCCGAAUCUCCGGUAUCCGUCCGAUCGCAACAGCAGGUUCGCCGCGCACAGUCGCAACUCCUGGGACCCGAGAGUUCAUCGGGAUCGUUGCCGCCAGGGUGGGAGGUCCGCAUGGACCCUCGAGGCAGGCAAUACUACGUCGACCACAACACGCAGACGACGACAUGGCACCGGCCGGGCGCGCCGGCUGUGCAAGCGAGCCCCUCGUACUCGACGGUGAGAGCUACGUCGGCGGGAAGUCGGGGUCAUACCGACAGUCCGCUGCCUGGCGACCACCCGGCCGAGAGCCAACAGGCGGAUGUGCGUCUGCCCGACGGAUGGGAGGAGCGUCGGACGCCCGAGGGCAGGCCGUACUUUGUCGACCACAACACCCGUUCGACGACGUGGCUCGACCCGCGCCGGUCGACGCUGCCCUCCCGCCUGACCGCGGCGGCGACGAGCGGGACCAACCUCGGGCCGCUCCCGUCUGGCUGGGAGAUGCGUAUGACGUCCGUCGGGCGUAUAUACUUUGUAGACCACAAUACGCGCACGACGACCUGGGAGGACCCGCGCCUGCCGAGCGAACCCGGAGCGGACGCGCCGCAGUAUAAGAAGGAUUACAGGCGGAAGUUGAUUUACUUCAGGAGUCAGCCAUCGAUGCGCCCGCGCGACGGCAAGUGCGAGAUUACGCUGCGGAGGAAUAUGGUGUUCGAGGACAGUUACAGUGCGGUGAUGAAGUUCAGAGGGAGCGAUUUGAAGAAGCGGCUGUACAUCAAGUUUGAGGGCGAGGAGGGGCUCGAUUUCGGCGGUGUCUCCAGGGAAUGGUUCUUCCUGCUGUCGCAUGAGAUGUUUAAUCCGUCGUACGGUCUCUUCCAAUACUCGACGCAUGACAACUAUACCCUGCAGAUCAACAAGGCGUCUGGGAUCAACCCUGAGCAUCUGGACUACUUCACCUUUAUUGGCAGGUGUAUUGGGCUGGCCGUUUUCCACCGCCGCUUCUUGGAUGUGUACUUUGUACCCAGCUUCUACAAGAUGAUGCUGGGGAAGAGGCUGACCCUUGCGGAUCUGGAAGGCGUUGACGCUGAUCUGCACAGGAGUCUGGUAUGGAUGCUGGAGAACGACAUCACCGACGUGCUCGACGAGACGUUCUCGACCACCGAAGAUAGAUUCGGAGAGAUGGUUACUGUGCCACUUAUCCCUGGUGGCGAAGACAUCCCGGUCACCGAAGAGAACAAGCGCGAAUACGUCGAGGCGCUCGUCGAUUAUCGUAUCUCCAAGGGUGUGAAAGAGCAGUUCGACGCUUUCAUGUCCGGCUUCGUUGAGAUCAUCCCGAAGGAUAUGAUCAGCGUCUUCAAUGAGCACGAGUUGGAGUGGUUGAUUGGUGGUAUUUCGGACGUCGACAUGGACGACUGGGCCAAGUACACCGACUACCGCAACUACGAGAAGACUGACCAAGUCAUCCAAUGGUUCUGGGAGUGCGUCCGAAAAUGGCCGACGGAGCGCAAGUCUCGCCUGCUGCAGUUUGUCACGGGCACGUCAAGGGUGCCCAUGAAUGGGUUCAAGGAUCUACAGGGCGCCGAUGGCCCGCGGCGCUUUACGAUCGAGAAGUGGGGUGACCCCAGUCAACUGCCUAGGAGCCAUACGUGCUUUAACCGUCUCGACCUGCCUCCGUACCAGGACUAUGCUAGUCUUGAGACGAAGCUGUUGUUUGCCAUCGAGGAAACGGAAGGCUUCGCCCAAGAAUAAGGGACCCUCUUCUGUCUUCAUUUUUGCUUCAUCGUUCAGGAAUUGCUGUGUCGUGUUCAUGUGUAUAAUAUCUUGAGCUGUGCAUUUGUUAUCUGUACCGUACGUUAUGGAAGUUAUUAUCCCCGUGUAGUCUACUCUUUCUUCGGCGGUUCUUGUGAAGUAUGUUAUAGAUAUGUCGGUUUAGCAUAGUGUACUUGAAUGCACGAUCGC